GUUUUGUGUCUAUGUUUGUAUUUUAUACUUAUUUAUUUUAUUUUAUAUAUUUUAAUAUCCCUGAGGAUGUCCACUUUCGCCUAUACUAACUUUGAACCUUUACUUACUUUAUAUCAGAGGUUACCGGUUAGUUCCACAAAGGGUCGCUGUUGCUGCAUGUUUUUGUUCCCACCUGGCAGCAGUACACCUGACUUGAAUCAUUUAAUCAACUGACUGAGUCCUCAGAGUGUUGAUUGGUCAAUCAAUGUGUUCUAAACCACUGGUUUGGUGGACACAGGGUGUGGGGAUGCUUCUCUGACCACCCAUUCCACCCCCCAGGCCCUUCCUCGGUUCACUUUGUACUGACAAUGCUGGUUGACAGAAGAGACGAUGGCGAGGAACCAGGUUUCCAGGAGCCCCCUCCACAGGACCACGGGGACAUGGAGGGAGCGAAGAUAAAGAAACGUUUGCCAGGAGGCGGAGCUUGCGUUGCCCGCAGAAACUCCCUCAACCGUGAGCAGUGGUUGUGGCCAGACGAGGAGUCCACACCUCAGAGUGUCUCCUCUCCGCUUCGCCACAGGGAUGCUGCCAGCGGCGGAGAGAGCAGCUCAGAGUCAGACCACAGGAGAGCAGAGAACCAGGUCUCAGGUGUGGACGCGACAGUGACGGUCAUCGGAAUGAUAUGCAACAAAAACGGAGAUUGUAGAAGGGACCCGACCAGUUCAGGGAGCCUCUCCUCCCUCAUCCCAAGGCAGGAGAAGCAGACGGAUGGAGUAGCGGCAGCGGAAGACAAGGGGCAGGCUGCGAGCAUGGACGGCUCUAUCACUCCACAGGGGUCCCUAACCCAGGGGCAGGGGGGCGAGGUCAAGACAGCAUCGGCCACAGAGAAAAGGGACUCCAGAGUUGCCUUCUCCAGUGGCCCAGGUAGUAAAGGUCAGACACCGAGUCAGCAGUCCAGAAGUUCUGUAGCGUUCACUAAAGCUGAGGAGGGCUCUCAAAUAGCACCGGAUGAUGGAGAUCCCCGGGGCAAUCAAACUUACAUGCAGAGGCAGUUCAGCUCCAUGCUCCAGCCUGGAGUUAACAAGUUCUCCUUGCGCAUGUUUGGCAGCCAGAAGGCAGUGGAAAAGGAGCAAGAGCGAGUAAAGUCGGCAGGAAACUGGAUCAUUCAUCCGUACAGCGAUUUCAGGUUCUACUGGGACUUCACCAUGUUGAUGUUCAUGGUGGGCAACCUGAUCAUCAUCCCUGUUGGCAUCACCUUCUUCAAGGACGAGACAACCACGCCCUGGAUCAUCUUCAACGUCUUCUCUGAUACCUUCUUUCUCAUAGAUCUGGUUCUCAACUUCAGGACAGGUAUUGUGUUUGAGGACAACACCGAGAUUAUCCUGGACCCUAAAAAGAUCAAGGAGAAGUACCUGAAGAGUUGGUUCGUGGUGGACUUCGUCUCCUCUAUACCUGUGGAUUACAUAUUUCUCAUCGUGGAGAAAGGGAUCGACUCCGAGGUGUACAAAACAGCACGGGCGCUCCGCAUCGUCCGGUUCACCAAGAUCCUCAGUCUGCUGCGUCUCCUGAGGCUGUCCAGACUUAUUCGCUACAUCCACCAGUGGGAGGAGAUUUUUCACAUGACCUAUGACCUGGCCAGCGCUGUGAUGCGAAUAAUUAACCUGAUUGGAAUGAUGCUGCUGCUGUGUCACUGGGAUGGCUGUCUCCAGUUCCUCGUUCCCAUGCUGCAGGACUUUCCAUCCGACUGCUGGGUUUCCCUCAAUAAGAUGGUGAACGACUCGUGGAGUGAGCUGUACUCCUUUGCCCUCUUUAAGGCCAUGAGCCACAUGCUUUGCAUCGGAUAUGGAAGACAAGCCCCGGAGAGCAUGUCGGACAUUUGGCUAACCAUGCUAAGUAUGAUAGUAGGAGCCACCUGCUACGCCAUGUUCAUAGGCCACGCUACCGCACUCAUUCAGUCUUUGGACUCGUCAAGACGGCAGUAUCAAGAAAAGUACAAACAAGUGGAGCAAUACAUGUCUUUCCACAAGCUGCCGGCCGACUUCCGACAGAAAAUCCACGACUACUAUGAGCAUCGAUACCAGGGCAAGAUGUUUGAUGAGGAGAGCAUCCUGGAGGAGCUUAAUGAGCCUCUGCGCGAGGAAAUAGUCAACUUCAACUGUCGCAAGCUGGUGGCGUCCAUGCCACUUUUUGCCAAUGCCGAUCCGAACUUUGUGACUGGCAUGCUAACGAAACUGAGAUUUGAAGUCUUCCAGCCCAGAGAUUACAUCAUCAGAGAGGGAACCAUCGGCAAGAAGAUGUACUUCAUCCAGCACGGGGUGGUCAGUGUGCUGACCAAAGGAAACAGUGGCAUGAAGCUACUGGACGGCUCCUAUUUUGGAGAGAUCUGUCUGCUGACCCGGGGUAGACGGACGGCCAGUGUUCGAGCUGACACCUACUGUCGACUGUACUCUCUGUCUGUUGACAAUUUCAACGAGGUGCUGGAGGAGUACCCGAUGAUGAGGAGGGCCUUCGAGACGGUCGCCAUCGACAGAUUGGACAGAAUAGGCAAGAAGAACUCUAUCCUGAUGCACAAAGUUCAACAUGACCUGAGCUCAGGUGUUUUUAACAACCGGGAGAAUGAGAUGAUCCAGGAGAUUGUCAAAUAUGAUCGGGAGAUGGUGCAACAGGUGGACGCACCACGGUCAAGAGCUGCAUCCAUGACACCUCCUCCUCAUUGUGGGAUCUAUUCUUCAGGUUCAUCCGCCCAGCCUCAGAACUCAGCAAUCGCCUCUCUGCAGCAAGCUGUAGCCAUGAACUUUUAUCCCCAAGUGCAGGGGAACUCAGUGGGAGAACGGAACAUGCAGUCCCCGAGGAUGGUGAGGAGAUUCCAGGUAGUCCAAGGUGUAUCAAGCCCCGCCUCUGCCUCCCCCCUGCAGUCUCAGCUCCUUGGUCCAGUUCCUCCUGGUUCUCUUGCUCCAGUCCUUCCUAGCCCAGUUGUCCAGAGUCCACUGGCAGUCGGGGGACGGCCGUCAUUCCAGUAUGGGCCGAGUGCUCUGUCAGGUCCCACCUCAGGCUCCCAACUGUCUCUGUUUCAGCAGCACCUAGUCAGUCCAGCACGCCGGCCCAGCACACCCAGGAGCGUCCAUUCCUUCCAAAUGGGCAGUCUGAGCCAAGACGCCAGGGCACUGUCGGCCUCUCAGCCCUCACUGCCACAUGAAGGGGUCCAGCCAGGUGCCCCCAGUCCACCCAAGUCUACACGAGUCUCCUCCAGUUCGAUCGAACCCACUCAGACCACAUCAGGUGACACUGGAAAUUGGAGCCCUCUACCACAUGGAGUAGUACUGCCCCACCAAAUGUCUGUGGGGGCAUUCUCUGUAGCACCAGCGCCCACGUCUGGACAGAGUUAUGGUGCUUUAGCAGGGCUGGUAUUGGGGGGAUUAGGAGUUGGUCUGGGGGAUCCGGGACGCCCCAAAAAAGACUCCAUAGUGAGUCUUCCUGAACCUGACCACAUCAAAGUCAGAUCCAGGCUAUCCUCAAAUUUGUGAUGAUUUCUGAUGAGAACAAGUGUGAAUGAAUCAAAGUUUGACUGACGGAACAUGAAAGGACUUCUGUUUACUCUCCUGUAGAUCCUUCUCCCUACCUUCUAGUUUCUAGUCUCCGAAUGUAUGAAUGUACUUGUGGGUAACGUGGGGAGGGCAGAGACAUGUGAGCAGUGACUGUACGACCAUGACAAGGCCUGCAGCAUUAACAUGUUUCUACUGAUGCUGGAGCCGCAGAGACACAGAACAGUUAGACAUAUAGUAAUGUCACGUAAAUAGUACCGAACACGUGGGCCGGUCUGCUCUUUCACAGAACUCCUAAAAAAAAACCUGGGACACGUGGGACAAAAGAAAAUCAGGGACCUGCCUCAGAUGUCAGAGGUCAGCACUUUAAUGGGGUUUUACUGCCGUAGCAACCGGAUUCUGACCACCUCUGAUUUCAGUCACAAAUGCAGGAUAAGUAGUUUUGAAGUACUUUUUGAAAUGCUUGUCAGAUCAAAUAUAUCAGAAGAGAAUUUAAUAUUAUAAACAACCUUUAUUUCUUUAAAAGUCCCAUUUCCUCUGAUUUCUAGCUGUUUAGCAGUAUUUCUCUCACGUUGGUUGAUCUAAAAAUAGAGCAGUGCACAUACUGCACAGAAAGCAUUUAGGGAGACACCUAUUGUCCAGACAGUGACAUUAGAGAGUAUUUAUCUCAUACAUUCAAGAAGGCCUCGACCUUUACUGCACUUAAUGAGAGUGGAAUAUGCAACCCCCCCCCGUUGGCCCCCAGUAUACUUCCUCCGUAAUGAGAUUCCCCUCUGUUAUCAUUUUAUGGUUUCACAUUUUAGGCUUUGUGUUCUUCUUCUUCUUUAUAACAGAGACGGAGGUUUUUUUCUAGUCUUUAAUUAAGUCACAGAGCGUUCCCAGAAUCUUAAAGGCUAAUCCACUAAAUAAAUAGAGGAGCACAGAUUAAAUUGUGAGCUUUGGGUUUUGGUUACUGUCCUGGAGACAAAGCCUCUUAUGAACAGCAAAUACUUUUUCCCCCACACAGGAUAGAAGCAGAUCAGUAUUUAUGGUAAAAACACAGUUAUCAGCUAUGAAUUAUAUUUAAAAAAACCUUUAUAUUUGAUUUUAAAAAGUGAUACGUAAACACAACCUUAAGUCCUGCAGUGAACAAAAAAAAAAAUACAAAGGGUUCCCGACUUACAACUACCGGUGACGUAAGUCAGAACUUUCUUUACAAUUACAUAUUGCAAAAUACGUACUAAACCAGAACCUGUGCAGCAAACAGUUAUGAAGUACACACAACAAAGUACGCUGUUGAAGUAUUCACUGACCUCUACAUUUGGUCUGACAAAACCACAAAUGCUAACAAUGAUAGCAGUGAGUACAAAAAAUGUUUGGGAGCCAUUAUGAAGGGUAAAAAGUUUUUAAAAAUAUGCGGCGUGUCAUCGGCGAGUGUCAACAGAGCCGUCUUCCAUGUCGAGUUUUGACUUGACUAGAUGAGAUCUUACACAGCAUACUAUUGGCUAAUACAAUGUGUACUAUUGGCUAAUUGAGCAUGCUCUUCUGCUCCUCACGCUGAUUGGCUCCUGCGUCGCCAUUCUACAACUGUACUGUGCAUAUAAUAGUGUGGAAAAGGCUAAUACAGUCUAGGGAGGGUUGAUAACCGUGGGCAAAAAGCUCAUCCAUCCGUGAUCGGCAGUAGUGUUGUCUAAAGUGAAGGUUUUCAUUCAGAGCAAUAACUGAAGGGUGGUCACUAUAUGCAAGUGGUGUCGUGUUGAUC